AGUAAUGACUAAUGAUAGUUUUGUAGACUAUUGCACUGUAACAGUGAGAUCCUAUUAUUAAAACAGUCGUGUUUCCUCUGUGAAAUAUGUGCCAGCUUUUUCCUGUUUUGUCAUUUAUACAUUCAAUUACCUCCAUAUGUCAUGUGGGUUUAGAAAGUUUAAAAAUUUAAGCUGAAUUUAAUUUUUUUUAAAGUUUAAUUUUAAUAAAACUAAAGUAAAGUAAAUAAGCUAUAGCCUGAGCAGUGAAAUGGAAAGCGACCAGUUGUCAAAAAAAUUAGUACCACUUGGAAUUAUCAAAGAUCAUAAUAAGUGUUUGAAAAGUAUUCGUUCACUGAAAAAAUAUGGGUAUGUUUUCACAUGUAUGUCUAUACAGAUAUUUUUAUUAUUUAACAAUGCUAUGCUUGAAUUAGUCAAAUUUGAUUUUGUUGUGCUAUAUAUAAUGUAUAGUAAUAGUAUGUUUUAAAUUUUGGCAUUCUAUAAUAUGACUCAUGAUUAAAAACAGAUUUUAUAAAGACUUUUAUUUCGUUUGGUUUUCAGUCCCAGAAGAUUGUCAAACAUUUACCCAAUUGAUUCUCACCGGUACGCUAGUAUUUCAUCAAGGUGCCCUGUCACACCUUCUACUUCUACUGUUGGCACAACACAGCCAUUUUUCUCCACCCAUUUGUGUGCCUAUGACAAUCCAGGUGAGUGCCAAUGGUUGAAGUUGAUAAUGAUAUCUAAUAACUAAUUAUCUUAUGGUCGUUUUAAUUUUAAUGUUGAUUUAUUUUUUUGGUUGCUUUUAUUCUAAAUUUAAAUUGAGUUUUCACCACAGAACUUUGUUGCAUUAAAUGUAUUAUUAAAAAAAAAAUUCAUUUUCAGAGUCCUCAACGCCAAGAAAAGUGGAAAUGUUUGUCCCAAGCCCAGGUACAUUAUUAAACGUUACUAGUCCAUCCUCAUCCCUUUAUGACAUGGAUAAAUCAGAUCAGAACACAUGUUGUGGUGGCUCCACAGCCUUCUCAAACCCCAGUGUUGACUCUGUUCUGUCAGAUGAAAUGUGUGGUCUUGAUGACAAUUUAGAGGACAGCACACUACAAAACCUACUGACCCCUGAUGUCAUCAGCACACUGCAAGCUGUUGGUGCCAUGAAUCCUAAUACAGACUUCUUCUGGUCUGGUAAGAUGGAAAAUGAUGGCCCCCUCUCAUCUGUGUCAGAAAACAGUACAGACAAUCCAACUCUUGCACAGCUCAACAUGGAGCCAGACAUGUCUUUUGUCAACAAUAUGCUGGGCAUUGGUCAGGAUGACAGCAAACUGAACUAUUCAGCUUUGGACUUUUUGUGCAAUGACAUAUCACCACUCAUGAGCCGCUCAUCAAGCCUCACCUGCUUGUCUCAAAACUUUACCGAGUUUCCUGUGGGCCCUGUACAGAUUGCUGGGGAUUGCUCCAGAAGGUUAGCAACAGUUAGUUCUAAUAGCACUGUGACUGUUGACCAGCAGAAAACCCUGACAAGCAUUGGGCAGUCGUUUGCUAAAAAUUUGGUCCAAGGCAAAAGCAACUUUCCUCCGAGAGCCCUGCAGCCACCCAUCGGGGUUGUUGCUCCAGUCAAGAAAACUGAUGAGUCACAGUUGGUGAUGGCAGAGUUAAAGGCUGAUCAGGGUCUCAGAAAACAGCAGUCACCAAGCCUCCAGAAACUUCAGUCUCAGACACCAAGCCUCCAUGAACUUUUAAGCAAGCAUACCAAUAAAACUUCAAUUAAGUCAGAGCCUUUAGGCUCAGCAGAGAGUCACCUGGAUGGCUGCAGUGAUGGUAAUGCUCAAAUUGUGCCCACAUCAGCAGGAGGUGUGAAAAGGUCCUUUGUUGACAUCAUCAAGGAUGAACCUGUGUCACCACCUCAAAUCCUACGCAGACCUUUGGUCAAAGAAGAAUCCACUGAGGAGAAAUGGAAAGACAUUGAAAGUUUUAUUCACAAUCCUGGGCAGGAGCAGCCUGUGAAAAAGAGGAGACGUUUUGGUAAGUCAGUUAUUAUAUUUUGAUAUAGAAGAAUCCAGAAUAGCGGUUCUCAAUGAUAUGGUGGUAAGAAGUGGGGUAAGUGAAAAUAAAUUAUUCUGUUUUUUAAACAAUGCACUAGCAAUGAAGGAAUGUGUAUGUGGCAUUAAAAUAUUGAGGACCGCUCUUCUGGUGAACUUUUUGAAUCUUCUGGUAAUUUGAAUACUAAAAAAAUGAUCAUAUUAUACUUCUUAAUUUAAUAAGACUGUUCUGAAAUAUGUCGAAUUGAUUUAAAUGGAAAAGUUAAAGGAGCAAUGUCACAUGGUACUAAGUCAAAUAUUUGGGUUCCCGUUGUUGUGGAACAUGAUGUUAGUAUAAUAUGUUUUAGUUGGAGGGGGGUACGUCUGUUGGAGUUUGGGUUCCCCUUAGCAAGUUAAAGCUCGAUACUCAAUAAUUCAUUGUUCUCUCAUUGAAUGAAUCAGAUGCGCACAUGAAUCACCUAGUGACUCCUUAUUUAUGUGAUCUUCUGAUUUAAAAACGAAACAUUGGCCAGGGUGCCAGGUUUCUUGGAUUUUUCUUUUUUAUUUAUAUAAUAAAUAUAUUUAUGAUUGCUAAGCAAAUAUAAUUUCCCUGGUGCUGGUGAAAGGGGGAAAUCCAACCUUAAAGAAUAGGAGAUAAAGAAGUGCAUAUAGUUUUUUUUUAAUAUUUAAAUGUAAAUAGUAACUACCUAGUAAUGUUGGUCUUGGUUAGACCAGCACCAUUAAAAAAUAAAGUAUUUUACAAAAAUUCAUAAUUCUGGUAACUUCAAUAUUGAUGUAAUGUGUGGAUAUUGUAGAUGGUUUUGUGAGAUAAAGAAAGCAAACAAUAGGUAAGGUGUAUGUGAAGCGUUGUACACUGUUACUAUCAAUCAUGAAACUAAAGCCUGACAUAUAACGACUAACCCACGCCCUAUGGUGUUUUGUUCGUGUCCUGAUAGAGUGGGUAUACUUGUGGCAGUGGUAGCUGCUUCACUCCAGUCCUUUCGGCACACAAACAGCCAUUGUACCGAUAUGGAUAUGACAUAGUUUAGAAAGCUAAGGUCGGAGAAAAAUCGAUAUGGUGUUACGAGUUGGAUGGCAACUCAAGUCGAUAUCGUGUGAGUCCAUGCAUUCACUUGGUAAACCUUGUUGUGGUUCAUAAUGCGGUUUAUAUUCUUUUUACACAAGCAACCUUGGCCAUAAUAAAAAAAAUAGGCCCUAACUGACAUAUUAUGUAUUAUAUAAUCAUAAUCAUAGGCAUAGGUAAUUAAUUUCUGAGAAUAUGCUAUAUAAUUUCAUCUUUAUAAUUAUAAGAAUACGAUAAAAAAAACGUGUAGGGCUGUCUGUGGUAAAUGGGUCAGAAAUGGGGAAUCGGGUGUGUCAGUGAACACUACGCUACUAGGAGUGGCCUUAUAUAAAAAAAACGAAGAAAGAGUAAGCCAGUUUGGAACAUCUGUAUGUAAUUUUAAUAAACGUCGAAUACCGCAAAACGAUUCUUGUUAAGUAGGCCUACACUUUCUGUAAACAAUAAUCUGAGCCAAAGGCUGUUGCCCUUAUUGAUGAGACCUUGGAGUUUGAGUCAAGGUAUUUGUUUUCUCAGUCAGCAGGUCGUAACCCAUGACCUAGUUUAGCCUGUGAUAUUGAAUGAUUCAGCUGAAAGCGGCUCCGCCAUCUUAGUUUUUUUUAAAAAUAAUGUGUAAACACGUCCACGUCAUGUGAUCACGUGCGCGUGGUUGACAUAAUUUCCAUUUUCUUGUUGUUAUGGCUUGCGCUAGAUAGCAAAGUAUAGGCCUGUAAACAGGCAUUACAUGUACUUGUAAUAGCUUCGGUGGAUUUUUUUUUUUUUACUCACGUUAAUGAAUCAUUAUAGUAUAGACUUACCGUGCAUUGCAAAAAUAAGGGAUAUAUUACAUACACGUGAAAAUGUUACGAAGUUAUAUCUUUUUUUUUUUUUUUUUUUGAACGAAAUACAUCAUACUUUUUANAAUUCUGGAUUAUUUUUUUUUUUGGAGGGGUUUGUUGGGGGGGGGGGGGGAGAAGUGGGUGGGGGGAUUAAGAAAAGUUUUUCAUUUAGCUGCUUUAUAUAAAUGACGUAACGCUAUUUUUGACCCCCUUCCCCAUUGUCACAAAUUGUCGCUUUAUUUAGACCCCCUGGUAAUGCAUCGUCACAAAUCCGUGCGACCGACACCCCCCCCCCAAAAAAAAAAUAAUUAAAAAAUCUCCCUAGAUGCGUGACGUCAUUUAUGGACGGCCCCUUUCUACAAAUUUCUAAAACAAUAAUAAACCUAUACUUGUUGCAUAAUGUGGUUAGAUUUUAGGAAAUACGCUUUUACAGCUGUUACCGGUACACAAUAAGUUAUUUUUUUGUAUAUAUGUCGACGACUGUGACUACACAUGUAACUUUAAAUACACGUACCCAGAUGGCUUGCUGGUUGGGGUGCCUUGUAUUUUAAAAAAAAAAUUGUUUGCAGUAUCUACAAACAUCUGGUGUUGUAACCCCCACUGGAUAGGAUAAGCUCUCCAGUUGAAAUAUGUAUCCAAUAUUUAUUUGGAUGCGGGCAUGAUGUGGCUGAUGCUUAAAACAGUAAUGCAUAAUCAUUCUCAGUGCAUUUUUGCUUUGGCUCAUCUGGACGUGAUCGUUAAUUAUAUUUUUGCAUGAUAUAUCACACACAACACGCUCUGCAAACAUUUUUCAAGUUUUCUGCGCUCUAAAUAAAUGUCAUACAAUACGCAGGCGUAGGGCGAAUGUUUUUCUAUUUUUUAAACUACGGUUAAUAAGUGAUAAAUAGUAAUGCUUUAUCAAGUUCAUGCAGAAGGGGCAUGUUAGUAUUUCAAAGUACUUUUAUUUGCUGAUCCUUUGCCUUUAUAAUAUUCGGUGUAUUAUUUUUAGUUGCUGUAGCUACUGUAGCCGAUGUUUGCAUGCCAUGCAGUAGCUUACCAGUCUUUAAAAUUUUUAUUUUUUUAAAAUGUACAUCGUAUGUGUAGGUUCUACAAGUGCAAAAAAUUGGAGUGCCCCAGAUAACAAAGUCUCCCGGGACUAGGGCUAGGCUGUGUAGGCGUCUCACCGCCCACUGUGUCGACUGAACGAGAAAUUAGGGUAGUUCAUAGCUCUCUAUACCAAUGUAUUUUACCCGUUUGUAGGCGUGCACAUGGUCUGUUUUGUUGUUGUUGCGCCCCAGUUUCGCGCUUGGUCUUAGAUAUGAACGUGUGGUACGAAUGAGAAAGUAAAUGUUAGUUUGACAUCAUGAAUCCCUGUGUUACUAAAAGUCAGUAAGUUGUUUGUAUGGUCGACGUCUGUUGUUAUAAUUUGUGAACACGACUUGUUGAUUUGAGUCAGCUCGUUGGUCAAUGCCAAAGAUAGGUAUUGACUUUGAGUCAAACUACAGUUACAGUCCUCUUGUUCUUAUUGCUGUUUCAAUAUUUCGAGAACCGUCCUUGGUAUAAAAAUGAUGAGAUAGGGGGUGUGUGAGAAGGAAAAAAACAACACACACACACGUGCGCUCAAUAGGGGUUUUAUAUUGUUCUAUAUUUCAGUUGAUCCCCAGGGCAUGACAGUGGAGAAGAACUCGUAUAUUCUAUUAUUGGUGGGUUGUUUUCAUUGUUUUCCACCCCGACCUUCCUCCAUAAUGAAACAAACAACUUAAUGAACUUGGCUUGAUGCAUCCAUUACCUUCUGGCGGCUAGGCCAUUAAUUCAUUUAACAAUUUUUAUUUUACCUAUGGGUAUGUUUUUGUAAAGACUUUCUUUCUACUGGUACAGCCAUCGAGUUUGUUUUUAGCAUCAAACUUUGUUGUCACACGUGACCCGCUCGCCGAGGUGCAGAGGUUUAGGAAGCAUUCUAUGCCGGCAAAGCAUUCGAAUUAAAUGUAGAUGAAGAUUUAAUGUUUAAUUUUUAUUAAUUAAAAAAAAAAUUCUACACAUACUUUCUUUGCAUAUUGCAUUUCGAAAAUAAAAAGAAAUAAUUAUUUUCUACUUCUUAGUGCGUUUAAGCGCGUCUUUCGCAGCAAAGUCUUCUUAAAAAACAUUUUUUUUUAAAAAUGUACCAUUAGUUUUGGUAAAUUAAAUUCUGUUUUUAAAUACUCUCGUCUUCGAAAUUUUUAAAUUAGCGACGACUUAAAACAUUACCGAGUGUUCUCUAGGCGCAAUCAUUGGCUACGGUUGCACGGGCAACGGCAAGAUGGUAAAUAUGGCUCAAUGCAGCAUGCGAUAUAACAGAUUGACCGUUCCAUCGAUUUUAGUUUUGAAGUUUUGUAAGACUGUUGUGAAUGAUCAUUUUUCGAUGUUUUAAAAAGAAACAUUUUGGUAAUAUUUAAAUAAUGGUUGUGGUUGAAGUUGGAAAAAUUUUAAUCGGUUGCCUAUAGGCUACUUCAUCAGGAAUUUAUAUUUGCAUUUUCCACUUGUAUUUUCUUGUAAUAUGUAAAUGACUAAUUUUUUUGGGCUUGGCUGGCCGUUGUAUGCUUCGGAAGUGUGUAGCCGUCCCAGCACAAAAGAGGUACAUUUAAAAAAUAAAUUUUUUUUUGGGAAGGGGAUGAAGAAACGCUCUGGUCACAAUGAGAGGUUACGGACUCAUCGUCACGAAAACAUCCGUUAUGCUGGUUACUAAGGAGUGGACCAGGUAGAAUGACCGAGCUCGUACCAGUGUGUAAUCUGAUGGGAGUCCUGUCCCUUGUAUCAUGUGGAUCCAACAAGUGUGCUUUCUGUGUUUUAGUUUUAUUAUAUAUUCACUCUUCUUCAUUAAAAAAAAAGAUUGCGCGUUAUGUAGUGUUUCCUACUGCUCACUGCUGGUGUUUGUUUUGUUUAUUUAAAGACCGUGUGUUAUAUAUCAAAGUGCAUAAAUACCAUACAUAUUUAGGCUUUGCCGAUAUAAAUGUAUGGCUGAUCACUGAUAUAUGUUGAUAUUAAUAUUUAUUUAUGUUUCAAUAAUUCUGCCCUUUCUUUUAAUUUAAUAUUAUAAUUAUAAUUUUAAACAAUGCAGUUUUAAUUUUUGUUUACAUGGCUCCAAUGAAAUGUCUGCAUUUGGAAAAAAAAGUAUAAAAUUGUAAACAAAAAAUGUUUUGUUUAAAUUGUAAAUCUUUUUUUUUUCUUCUCGAUAUUAUAGUUUAUAUCCACAUAAGCCACGCGUACUUGAUAGAGUUAAUUUAAUGAGUGAGUUCCAGUGAUAAUAAUACAACCUCGUGGUUGGGAAAUUUCUGUGCAUGGUUAGGACAUACGGAUAUUUAUGAUAAGCAAAUGCAAUGGCAACAGAUUGAGCGAAUGAGGAAGAGGAUUUCCCCCACCAUUGAGAAUCUACACAACGGGUGUUGAGACGAGGCUAUUAUAUAAUCUGUACAGGUUGGGUGUCCGUGAACGGGCUGACCGACCAUUUAGGCCGAACUAGGAAGGUGUUGAAUGGAAGGGCCGCUGGUUUAAACUUCCUCUGAUUACACGUACCACGUGAGGUGGGGAUGAAAAUCCUGUUACUGUAUAGAAAGUGGAAAUGUUUUUGUUCCGAAAAUAAAGUUUCCGGUUUACAUUCACGCGUAAAUUUAAAAUUAAUUUUUUAAAAUGUGUUUCGUUGGGCAAAUUAAAAAAAAAAAAUGUCGCAUUGGUGUCUUGUGAUCAGCUAGAGUCCCGGAGAGUGAGAAAAGUUCAUAUAUAUGUCGAUGUGUUAAAGUUCUGAUACUGAUAGGAUUAAAAAAGAAGAAAAAAACACCUUUUGCAAUUAAUAGUAUUACGAGAGUGUCAGAUGGACACGGGAUUCAUACCUGCUAGUGCCUUUGAUUCCCUCCCUGUUCUUGGAAACGAUGUUUUAUGUUUGUUGAAAGGUGACCGCCUUAAUAAGUAUAUAUAUAUAUACCGGUAUAUCAUUGUAUAUUUAUUCAUGUCGAAUCAUAUGAUUUAAAAAUGUGUGUGACUGUGUGGUUUAUUUCUGUUUUAUUUCUUCAUGAUUUAUUUUGACGCUGACUGAAGAGGUUAAUUAAGUAAUUAAGAAAGCUUUGGGGUGGUGGUUUGAUGUUUUAAUCUCAUUUAAAAAAAAAAAAUUAAAAAAAUGAAAUUUAAUCUUCAAAUUUUUAUAUAAAGGAAACGCAAAUUCUAUAAAUAGCUUAUCUUUGUCGUGUCUGCGCACGAGCACGUGGUGGCCAUGGCUCUACAUGUGCUCAUGUAAAAACUAGUAAAAUAUUAUGGCAAACAAAGAUCGAGAAUUUAGUCUUCACAUUGGGCAGUUGUACGGUUGCCUUGAGCUCUAUUCACGCGUACUUGUUUGUAGCCUACAUACCGCAGAACUGGGGGAUUACCCACGUGAGGGUACAAAGUCCACCGGUGAUGACGUGGUAUUUUCCUCACCUAAUGGCGUUAUGCGUGAGUCUGACAGCAGACGAACAGGGGGUGUGGAGGAGGUAAUUGGCCAAUGUCCAAUGUUUACGAAGGUCAGCUGACUGCUGUUCAUGCUGGCAACGGGCCAUGUGUCUGGCUGCCAGAAUUUUAACAUGUGGGGAAGUUGAGUUUUAGAAUUCUUACACCGUGGCGCACCGAUAAUACAUUUUUAUUCCACUUUGUUGACUGUAGGAUAAGAUUAUUAUAAAAAGAAUCGUUUUUGUAUGACUUCGACUUCAAUUCCAGAAAAAAUUUGGGAUUAUGUAUGAAGAAACAUUAACAAAAAAAAACCACAAUUUUUAUAUCAUAGAUGGUUUAAGCACUAGGCUAGUUUUUUCUAUCACUGAUGUAACGCCAUUCAACAAAAACAAACUAACAAAAAACGCCACCAAGUUCUUAGCAUGACACCCCUCAAAUGCGAAAACCGGUGCGUUUUAUUAGUAGUAAUUAACGAAUCCCCAAGUUUAAUUUUGAAAGUUGCUUUAAAAAAGGGGUCAAAAACAUAAUCCAACAGUUAGGCCUACUUGUGUUUGGCUAAUUCGGUGAGCUAGUUCAGAAAUUAAAGCCUUUUAAACAUGUGACAUUAGUUACAUUGCAACUUCUUCUAGGUACUAAGAAAAUGAAAAGCAGACAUUCAAACCGUGUAUAUUUAGACAAAAAUACAAAGGCUGUGUAGGGAGUUGGUUUGUGAGUGAAGCUGGGACUGUGUGGCUACUAAUAAGGGUGUAAAUGUAAGCUGGACGAAUGUUGUGUUGUGUGCCAUUUUUAUAAAUGCUUUUCAUAACACUGGUUUCGUUGUUCUAUUUGCAGACUCUGGUAGCUCAGGUCACAUGUCAGAUGAUGAAGAUGACUCAUCUGACUAUGGUGGCAAGGAUGACGAUGAUAGUGAUGAUGACUAUUCAGAUAUUGGUGAGUUUGUAGAUUGAAUGAUGAGUUUCUUGCACUCUUGUUUCAUCAUAUUAGGAUAUUUUUUUUUAAACAUCCUUUUGUUUAUUUUAAUCCAUUUGUCACAAGAUAAUGCAACAACAAUUGAAAAAAUGUUACAAUUCAUUACUAAUUUAUUAAAUGCCUAUGAAGAAUACACCAGCAAAUUGCAUCUCAAAUAAGGUAAGCUUAUUCAGAGUUGCGUUUGACUUUCUUUUUUUUUUGUAAUUAAAGAUGUAUACAAUUAUAUCACCUUACAGAUGCCGAUAUUGCUCGCAUUUCUCCAAGAGAUUGUGAAUCUCUGGUGGCCACUGGCAAAAAACAGAAACAGUACUUUUGGCAGUACAAUGUUCAGUCAAAGGGUCCAAAAGGGACACGCCUCAAGCUGGCAGUAGAGUCUCCUGCAGAUCCACAUGUACUGAAUGACUUUGAAGAUCCUGUGUUUGAUGAGUGCAACACAUCCAUCGCUGGAAUCAGACAUGGAGGGAAGGCCAGGAAAGGGGACGGCAACGAGAUCACACCCAACCCCAGGAAACUGUUCAUGAUUGGUCACCAGCUGAUGAAGCUCAACCGUCAGAUCAAUGCCUGCCAGCUUGGAUCUGAUGUGCCAACUGCCAAGAGGAAUGAAUCUCGUAAGGAGAAAAACAAACUUGCAUCAAGGGCAUGCAGGCUGAAAAAGAAAGCACAGCAUGAGGCCAACAAAAUCAAGCUUUAUGGAUUGGAACAAGAACACAGUGAGUUUAAAUUUUGAAAAUGUUUAACUUUCAAAACUGCUGAAAUUAUUCCUUAAAAUAACAUCUUUAUCAAGCCAGUUUUUUUUUAAGUUUAUAUACUUACUUGUUUUCAAAUUUAUUGGUACUUUAAGUAAAUAUACUUUAAAUGAAUUUUUAGAUAGGAAUAAUUGUCUCUGGAUAUUAAAUAUUUAAAAAAAGAUUUUAAAAAUUAAGGAUUUUAAUUAUUUUUUUUUACUUGCCUUCAGGUCAGCUGAAUUCAGUAUUACGUUUUAUCUGGCCACAUAUCAGGGAAGGGGCAAAGAUCAUCCUUGGACAAAACAAACUGAUGACAUUCUCAGCUCCAUCAGACUCAUUAACAUCCAUGCUUGACGAGAAUAUCAACCAGACAUACAGUAAGUAUUUGGUUAAGUUUAAAUUUAUUGUGCAAUCUCAUAACCUCUUGGCAUGUAUUCAAAGUGCAAGCGGUCCAUGGAUUUACAUGGAAUCAAUACUAAAUUCUUUUAACAAGAUUUUAAGUUAUUGCUUACCUUACACAAUUAUUUAUCACAUUAAUUUGGUUUCAUUUUUUUCCCGCCAACAGAAGACAGAAUUGCCGGCAAUACAACAGAUUAUGUCAAUUCUGUAAUUUUGAAAGUGGAAAGCGGUGACACCAAUGGAGGUCUGAACAUCAACAAGAAAAGUCGCAAAACAUGAACAUUGUAUGGAGAGAUAGGACAAAGAGUAUCUAAUGGAAAAGGUGGCCAGCCGGCCAUGAAACACCAGCACGGCACUACCCACUGCCACACCAUCUGAUCAAGACUUGAGAUAUAUCAUAAAACUGCCAGACAAUCAUCCACUGCACUGCACACCUCAUAGGAUUAUGUAGUUUGAUCAUUUUCCUUCACCACAGUCCUCUGGUUUCACUAAUAGGAAGUUUAACUCUUUAAGGAAAUACAGUUUCUAUAUUUCUAUUUUUUUAAUAGAGAGGGUAAAUCCUUUGAUUGAAAAAAGAAAGGGUCUGAAAUCUUGAAACAAAUUAGUUUUAAAUUUUUUUUCAAGAAAUGAGGGGAAGGAUAUUUCAGUUGUGAACCCAGAGGGCUGUGAGGGGCAACGUAAUUUGGACAGCAUAUAUUUUCUCAAAACUUGAACAUUCUGUGAUUUGCCAGAUGAUGUUACAAAUGAGACGCGGUCAUCCGCAUGAGCCCGUUCCAUUCCGAGGCACAGAAUCAAAUAUUUUGAGCUGUCUUCUAUUAUCUUAUCCAAAGAUGUAGCUGUUGUAUUGAGAUCGAAGAACAAACUUUCAGAAUUAUUAUUUCUUAAGAAUUUUUGUUGCUUAUUGGUUUUUUCAACAUGUAAACUAUAUUGUUUUUGCCUAAUUUCUUUUCAAUAAAAACUACACUAUUAUGAGGUUUCAAAUGUUUUUUGAAAAUUCUACUUGAUCCCAUAUAUAUCGCACAGCUAAAUUUUUAACAGUUUUACCUAUAUUGAAAAGUACUUUUGGCAAAAAGUUUGGCAAAUUUCAAAUCGUUUUGUAUUUAUUAAAAAAAUUGUCAAGUAAAUUAUUUACAUUUAACAAUGUGCAUGUGGAGUAAGGGGUGGGGGGGGGGAUAUUUUUUCUACUAACAAAAUAAUGCUUUUUCCCCACUAAAAAUAUUUUAUAAAUUAUUUACAUUUAACAAUGUGCAUGUGGAGUAAGGGGUGGGGGGGGGGAUAUUUUUUCUACUAACAAAAUAAUGCUUUUUCCCCACUAAAAAUAAUAUUGUCCUAGCUUAAGUAUUUCAAACACAAAUUAGUAAUUAAUCAUUUCUUAUGUUUAGCUCACAGUUAAAUUCCUCUAUAAUCAUAUUUAAAACAACAUAUUUUAUCUCCACUGCAGAAUAUCCAUUUAUUUCCUUUUAGUGUACUUGUCAUUUUAUCUGAUGCAUUUAAUUUUUAAGUCCCACUUUUACUUAUAAUUAUUUCUAAAAAUCUACCUUGCAGCACUCUUUUACACCACCAAAAAACAAAAAAUAUUUACUGUAAAUACAUGUAAAUAAAAACAUUUUCUUAUUCAUUUGUGAUAUAUUUUUUUUUUACCCAUUAAAAAAUUGUCUGUAAAUACAUACAUUAUCAGAUAUACUGAUAAAAUCAUUCUUGGAUCCUAACUACAUAUCAUGAGUAGUGUACAGUAAAUUGAAUUCAUUUAAUAUGUUUUGAUAUUGAUUGUUCAUCAUUCUGUAUAAUAUUACCUGUGAUAGUGAAAUUUUUCCUAAUUAGCUUUUUCCCCCAUUCAAAUGCUGCUGCUAUUUUUAAUCAGAUGUCAACAUAUUGAGAUGCCUAAAUUUAAGAAAAGUUAUAAUAAAAUACACAUUCAGGAUAUAAAUCCAUUGUCUUGGAAGAUAGACAUAGAGAACAAUUAUUUGUUAAAACCGUGAUUUCCUUUUAUAUUGCAUUUCUCCAUAUUCAAAACUUCCGCAUACAUAAUAUUGGUUAAUGUUUAAAUCCAUAACUAUUACUGAUAUGAAGCCAUUAACAUCUCCAUUUUCCUCUAAAAUAAUCAUUCUCUCACUCAAAUUUAAUUAUUUUUUUAUUUUGUUAUUGGUUUAAAUUUGUUAAGGGACUUUGAAUACUUUGAUAUGCAAUUAAGGGAAUGGUUUCAGAGAAGCUAGAAAUAGAAAUAUUGUUUUGGUAAUAGUUAAUGGUUUAUUUUGUUGGUAUGAAUAUGCGUGCCAUUUAAAUGUCAAUUUUUAAACUUAAUUUAUGGGAUUUGUUUUGAAUAGUAAGAUCAACAAGAACACCAUCUGUUGAAAUUAGAAGUUAGGUGUGUUUUCUCAUCAAUUUAACGUUCAUUCGGCAUAACAUAAAGCAGAGUUGGAAGAAUUAUAGCUCUCUGUGGCAAUACAGUUGUUGGAUAACAUUUGUGCUUUAUGGUCAUUUUGUGAACUUAUGAAAACUUUUGAGACCUUCUUGACUAGUCUUGGCCAUUUUUGGAAACUCUGAUAAGAUUUGGACAUUGGAAAAAUUUAUAAGACCAAUGAUAACACUGAACGUUUAGGACACCCCACGUUAUAUAGAGCUGUUGGGCCAAAGAACCAAAAUUCUGGUAUUUAACUGUGGCAUUUUUACGGUGUGCAAAUUUUGUUAAUCACUUGUAAUGUCUACUGAGUCUACUUGAUAGUAAUGUUGACAGCUUGGGGCUUUAUGGCUUUUUGAUUUAAGAAGUUAUUCAUGUCCUAUAAGUAAUACAGUUCCUGGGUAAAAUAGUUUCUGUAGAAAUUUUGAAAACAUGUGCAAUGUACAAGUGACAAUUAUUUCUCGGAAGAAAAUGAGAUCAAAAUGUAUUCCCACAUUUUCCCCAGUCAUCAUUAGACUGUCCCAGCAAUUCUCCAUGAGUUCAGUCAAUGAAUGUUACCUCAGUAAAUAUCCUGCUUUAGGGCAGUGCUAUUUCACAAAAGUGGUCCAAUGUGGAUCCUAAUGGUUAUUGUAAAUACAAACUGUACAUUUCCCAAUAUUUUUGUAGUGUUUCUGCAUUGUUGUAAAUAGAUGAUUGUUUUGUUACAAUUACGAUCCACAAUCUUUUGACACCCCCUGCCCCCUCCACCUCCCCAGGUAACAUGUUUUGAAGUUCAUAUUUUGACCUGUUAUGGAAGCACCGAAUGUGAUAUUACCAAUACCAAUAUGUUGUUGUUGCUGAAGCUUCAGUCUGUAAUAAAUUUGAAAAGAUAAAUAAG